CUGAAAAUGUCUACCCGGGCGUUAUAUUAGGAAAGGUACAGUCGGGAAUAACGAGACUUCACAGGAUAUGUGCCUGUGAUAUCAGAUUAUACACAAAAGCCAGAUUGGUAGUCAUACAAAGACCAAUAGUAUUUCUAACAAAGCCACUGGGGCAUAACUCAAAGGCUGCUAUCGAGGAUACCACAACCAUCAUCUUCCUGGUUGGAUAUGAAUGUCACCAGACAUAUAUCACUUUAGAAAAGUACAUCUAAAAUUUGAUCAUCAUGGACGUCUUGUUGACUCUCGUUGUCCUCACACUGCCGUCAGUAAUCUCAGGUCUACAGACAUGCUCCUCUGGGACAGAGACAAGCUCUAAACAAAUCCUACUGAAUGUGUCUACAACACAGAUCAACACAGGGGGAGGGAUGUGUUCCUGUAGACUGACCGUGUCACAGACAGCACAGGUGGAGAUGUUCUCUAAUAGCUGGACACAACAGUGUGAUACAUACAUGACUAUACAGAAGUGGAGGACUAGUUCAGAGUGUAAAAAUGGUAUUGUUCAAACUAUACCUGGACGGUCUCAGACUGUCAACACCGGUGAGGAGGUAUGGAUACUGGUGGUGGCUACGCCUGGAGCCAGAGGACUGUCAGGACAGCUGCAGUUCAAGCUUAAAUCAUCGUCAGUCCAGCUUAACAUAGAGUGUUUCGUGCCAAACACUAACAGUUACACAACUACAACUCCUUCAACAACCUUGGUUUCAACACUACCGUUGACAUUUACCACUACCACUUCUCCCAAAACAACAGCAGUAACGAUAACUACAGAGAGUCUUACAUCUACACCCCCGCAUGCCACAGAGACACUGCGACCAACCGCCAUCACUCCCCAAGGACAGACCACAUCUGUGUCUACUGGAUUAACUGCAGGGCCAGGGACUACUAAAGCGACAUUCACAACAACUCAGAUCUCCAUGAAAGGAUGUCAAUCGCGUAACAAUGACUUUCCAGGUGGUAUCUUUGCUGCUGGAGUUGCUACAGGUGCCGUGCUGGACGUCAUUGCUGGUGCAAUAUACGUCGUCACAUCAAGAAGAUGGUGGAGGUCCCGCCAGGAGAAGUCUGAUGACAUUCCAGUCUCUGAAGUCCACCCCACCUACUCAGGGCUCAAACCCAGAACACAGGAGCCGAGUAACACCUAUGACAUAAUAGAUCCAAACCCCUCAAAGGGCACAGCCAAUCCAUACAUCAAUGUGCCAUAGAUAUACUGCAAUUUGUUUUGCGUCUUGUUUAACGAGAGAAGGGUUAAUCUUGUACCCCUGUUACCACAAUUAUUUUAACAUUGAUUGGAUGCACCUAACAUAUUCAGUCUCACUGUAUGUUGUGUGUAUAUGAACAAACGCAUGCGUUCAAAUCUGGAGAAUGUGUUUCACAACGGGUGGAUAUGGACUUCCGUACAUGUGCAUGUAGAUCCAAGGACUUUGUAUCACACGCCAGGACUAAUAAGGACAUUACGUGCACUGCAAAUCAAAUACAUGCCUACGCCUGAAGUUGAAAGCCAAGAGAGUUAACGCAGCGAGUGAGAGAUCUGGGUUUAACGCCAACUGUAGAAAUAUUCCAGCAACAUCUUGGCGGGCGACACCAAGGCCUCACACAUUGUAUCCAUGUGGGAAUCGAACAUGGAGCUUUGGCGUGACGACCGUAUGCUUUAACCACUAGGCUAUCCCAUCGCCCCUAACACAGUGGAUCCUGAUCACAUGCACAGGAAUAAUUCAUAAUAUCAUUACACGUUGUUCAUGUGUCUUCAUUCUUGUCACCGUCCGUGGAUAUCCGUUACCAUUCUUGUGGAAGGGAGAACUAAUGUCGUCAUUGUAAUACCGAACAAGUCAAUCGUUUACUAAUUUGAUUAUAGGCGAACAGUUUUUCGUUCGUCUGUUUCAAACAUUCAAUGUCUUCUCUCACCACACAACAUUGACCUUAGCGCCGUGAUGCUGCUUUGCAUCAAGUAUAUAGACUGUCUAUAUAGGAUGAGGCCAUGCAGUGUGUUAAUACCGGUUAGUGUUAAAGAGCGAUGUUUGUAUAUAGGCCUUCUGAGUAGAAAGGGAGGGAGGGAUGACCAAGUUGUCCACGACGGCGCAAUGGUUUAUCAGCCCACACUCGUUAGUUUCACCAAAGCUGUAAUACUUGCAUCACAUUGGGCGUUUCUCUCAUACAGUUCAAAGCAGACUUAACCCAGCGAUAACCCUAUAACACUACUUUCCUAUUUCAACAGGGUACAAACACUACUUUAUAACUAUUACAUUGAUAUAAUCACAACAUGAUUGUUUUAUAUAAGGGAUUAUAGCUGAAAUGGAUAGAAUUAUCAUUAAACCGUCCGCAUGUUAUCAGAAAUGAGCGGGCCAUUAUAACUUGAUAAUGCCUUCAUAUUGCUUGACGACGGGCCAUUA